GGAAAGUGAGAAGGGUAUUUCCUAAGAGCAGCUGCUGGCUUCUUCACUCGCUCUUUGGGGUUUGACCAACUCAACCCUCCUCCUCCUUCCUCUCUUCUUCUUCUUCUUCUUCUUCUUCUCGAUUUCUUUCUAUUAUUAAUCCUCUUUAUUAUUAUUAUUAUUUAUUUCUUUGUUCCCAAAUCUCUUUCUUCUCUUCUCAUAUCUACUAUCUCCCCCGGCUUUCUUAAUUUAAUUUUGUAAGAGAGGCAGGACGCCAUGGGUGUGUGUUUCUCCGCCAUUAGAGUCACUGGUGCUAGCAGCAGCAGCAGCAGAAGAAGUAGUCAGACCACCACCAAUCAUAACAACCACCGUCGCAACAAUAAUAAUAAUAAGUCGUCUGCUGCUCCUCCCAAGAUCAAUAUGGAUCCCAAGCGCAGAAGCGGGUCCAUCCCCUGCGGCAAGCGUGCCGAUUUUGGUUACGCCAAAGAUUUCCACGACCUCUACACCAUCGGCAAGCUCCUCGGCCAUGGUCAAUUCGGAUACACCUACGUUGCCAUCGACUGAAGGAUUCGCGAGUUGCUGAGAUCCUUCAAGCGAUUGAUAGCAACACAGAUGGGUUAGUGGACUUCACAGAGUUUGUAGCAGCGGCUCUACAUGUCCAUCAACUGGAAGAACAUGAUUCAGAGAAAUGGCAGCAAAGAUCAAGAGCAGCUUUUGAGAAAUUCGACAUUGACAAAGACGGUUACAUAACGCCUGAGGAGCUUCGAAUGCACACGGGGUUAAGAGGGUCAAUAGAUCCACUGCUGGAUGAAGCAGACAUUGAUAGAGAUGGGAAAAUAAGCCUGCAUGAGUUUAGGAGACUUCUAAGAACAGCAAGCAUAAGUUCACAGAGAAUAUCAAGCCCUUCAGGCCACAGGAAUCCUCGGUAGUGCAAAAGUGUGUAUACUAGAAGAAGAGGAGUAAGGGGACAAAGUAAUUUGUCCAAUCUUAUAUGUAAUGGUGGUUGUAAGAUAAGUCGGACUUUUUUUUGGCGUUGUAGUGUUGUUAUAUAAGUACGUUGGUUCUUCUAUAAAGCAACGAAACAAAAGAGACAGUGCGAGUGAGUAGAUUUGUAGCAUUGGGUGAGAGAAAGAGAGAAAGAGAGAAAGAGAGCUAGGAGCUGUUCUUUUGUGUUCGGCCACGUGACAUUCCUAGUGGGCCAAAUCCCGGGUUGGCACUUGGCACCAGAGAGCCAGCUGGAAUUUGAUUCUCCCAUAAGUUUUGUCUGUUUGCAUUUCUUCUUCAAUAAAAUAAUCGUGUGGAGAGCACCAAAUACUACUGUA